AUUGUCAAAACACGUGAGUGUCAUGUGAUACCCAUCGUCAACAAAAGGAAGUGUUGCAGAAAUAACUAACAGUGCAGUAUACUGUUGGAUCGUUAACUGAUCGUUGAGUUUAUGGUUAUGACAUUAUAAUCCACAGUUAACAGGAGCUGUAACUUUCGCAUCCAGCUAUGAUGUCAUUGUGUGUCUUGAGCCUGACUGUUUUUGUCCUUUGUGGGGUGCAGGUGCUCAGUGCUAGAGGGGGACUCCGGGGGAUGUUUCCAGACAAAUAUCCGCCCAUGUUACUGAAUGGCAUUGACCCUGGCAAGCCGCUGUUCCUAACCCCUUAUGUAGAAAAGGGGCAGUUUGAUAUGGCCCAGAAACUGAGCAGAGUGGGACAACUGGAGGGAACAAAUAUAGAGAGCUAUGCUGGGUUUUUCACGGUCAACAAGACAACCAAUAGCAACAUGUUCUUCUGGUUCUUUCCCGCUCAGACCAAUCCUGAGACUCAGCCGGUGCUGCUGUGGUUACAAGGCGGUCCCGGCGGAUCCUCUCUGUUCGGGUUGUUUGUAGAGAAUGGACCAAUCAUGGUGGACAAAGACAUGAAAUUGAGCAACCGAAAAGUUACUUGGAACACAAAGUACUCCAUGCUAUACAUCGACAACCCCGUUGGAACGGGGUUCAGUUUCACGGACAAAGAUGAAGGUUACGCUAGAAACGAAGUGGAUGUGGCACGGGAUCUUUACAGCUGUCUCACUCAAUUCUUCCAAGUCUUCCACCAAUACCAGAAAAACGAUUUUUACGCAACAGGGGAGUCAUAUGCUGGUAAAUAUGUUCCUGCAAUAUCCUACAAAAUUCACACCGAGAAUCCAACGGCUAAAACCAAAAUCAACUUCAAAGGAAUGGCCAUAGGAGAUGGGCUAUGUGACCCGGAAACGAUGAUGGGUCAGUAUGCUCCGUUUAUGUACAGCAUUGGUUUACUGGAUGAGAAGCAGAGAGCAUACUUUCAGGAUAUGACAGACAAAGCUACGGUGUACAUUAGAAACAAGGACUUCCGGUCAGCGUUCAAUAUCUUUGACACACUUUUGAAUGGUGACCUUACUCCAAAUGCGCCCUACUUUUACAAUGUGACUAACAUUCAUAAUUACUACAACUUCUUGCUUACUGAGCAACCAGAAGAAUUUAAUUACUACGGGUCUUACCUCGCCAAACCAGAGGUGAGAGCAGCCAUCCAUGUCGGCAAUCUAACGUAUAACAGCGGCACUGCUGUAGAAAUGCAUAUCAUCAAUGACAUCAUGGACACCGUGAAGCCCUGGAUAGCUACCCUGAUGGAUAAUUAUAAGGUGAUGUUCUACAAUGGACAGUUGGACAUCAUUAUCCCCGUCCCAAUGACCGAGUACUUCCUGCUGUCUGUUGAUUGGUCGGGGAAGGAUUUGUACCGGACUACCGACAGAUUGAUCUGGCGAGUGAACCCGGAUGAUAAGGAAGUAGCGGGCUAUGUCAGGAUCGUUAAAAACUUUUUCCAGGUGAUUGUGAGAAAUUCAGGUCAUAUCUUACCUUAUGACCAACCAGAGCGAGGCUACGACAUGAUACAAAGAUUUAUAGAGAACAGAAGAUUCUGAGUGUAUGAAAGGGUUUUUAUACGUUUUGUAUUAUUAUAUUCCACUUGAUACCUAAUAAACAACAAAACACGCGUAUGACGUCAUCGUUUGUAACAUUGCUUUUGUUAUCUAACAAGAAUUUUUAUUGACUCUGAUGCAGACAAAAUCUUAUAUAAAUUAUAUACCUAUAUAUACCACGGAAUCAUAGCCUAUCAACAACUUGCUUUCCUGGAAAUCUGUUGUCUACUCUUUGCGUGUAAGUUCAUUUACAUGGCAUAUGUGGCCGAUCAGAGAUGGUUGAACCAUCGUGGCUCAGACAAAAAAAAUCAAAAAUAAAUCAAGGAAAGAGAUGAAAUUGGAAGCGGAAAUGAAUGAAAAUAUAAAAACAACAAAAAUGUGAGGAAGUUUAAUUCUACAAUGUAUGUGGUUAGAAUAAGUGCGAGGGGCUAAAAUUUGAAAACGAUGGCAUGGUUUGUGUAUACACUUUACAUCGACUUUGUUGAUAACAGCGAUUGAGAGUGGCGAUGACUCGGGACAUGGAGAAUGAGACUGAGCAGUUGAUAGAGACUAGCAUUGCAAUGCUAAGUAACAUCGUAUUGGAAAUCGAAAGAGAAUACUGCUGAACAUGUUAAUGUUUUGAGCUCUCGUCAUCACUGAUUAAAAAUAAAAAAAAAAAAGUUGAAAACAAAAUUUCAGAUUAUCUAUUGUUUGAUAAUUUUUUUAUUUGUCUGGUAGGUUUUAUUUUCUUCUAAAUUCUCCCGAUCUACAAGAUACUGGUAUAUCCACGCUCUUUCUCCUACUCUGCGACAUCGUUUGUAACAUUGCAUCUGUCAUCUAAUAAAAGAUCAUCCAACGACAUCGAGUGUAACAUUGUAUUUGUUAUUUAAUACAGGGCAAUACAUCGUUUAUAACUCUGUAUUUGUUAUUUAAUACAGUGCAAUACAUCGUUUAUAACUCUGUAUUUGUUAUUUAAUACAAGGCAAUGCAUCGUUUAUAACUCUGUAUUUGUUAUUUAAUACAGGGCAAUACAUCGUUUCUAACAUUGUAUUUGUUAUUUAAUACUGGGCAAUACAUCGUUUAUAACUUUGUAUUUGUUAUUUAAUACAGGGCAAUACAUCAUUUAUAAUUUUGUAUUUGUUAUUCAAUAACGAUCAUGCAACGACAUCGUUUGUAACUUUGCAUUUAUUAUCUAAUUAACAACAAUGCGACAUCGUUUAUAUCAUUGCAGUUUUUAUUUAAUAAACGUCAAUACAAUGACA